CGUUGUAUAAUCGUUCUAUCGCUAUCCGCUUCUAAUCCAACGAGACAGCUAUUUUCCUGAGCCCCUUUGUAAUCACGUGAUCUUCUUGUGUUUGGCUUGGCUUAAACAUGUUUUGGUAUUUUGAUGUUUGAUUAAAUUGGAAAGAAAGUUUUCUGAUAUUCGAGUUUUGAUUUUUGUUAACCUGGCACAAGCUAAGAAUCCGUUCAGGAGCAUACGCCGGAAAACAAACCUCAUUCCUUCCUUCCUUGGAAAGAAAGAAAAUUGCUUAUUUUUCACAUGAUGUCAGGGUUCAUUGCAGUUCAUGUUGGUGCUGGUUACCAUGGUGAAAGCUUGAGACCUGCUUACAAAAAAGUUUGCAAGCAAGCUUGCAGAGCAGCAACCGAAAUGCUACAAGAUGGCUGUGAUGCCGUAGAUGCAGUGACAGAAGCUGUGUCGUUUCUUGAAAAUUGUCCACUGACUAAUGCUGGCAUUGGUUCAAAUCUCUCUCUUGCUGGCACAGUAGAAUGUGACGCUGGAAUUAUGGAUGGUGCAAGUUUCGAUUAUGGUUCAGUUGGAGCAUUACGUAACAUAAAAAAUCCAAUUCAAGUUGCUAAAAAGUUAGUAGAAGUACAAAAAAAGGGUUUGUUAGCUUGUGGUCGCAUUCCUCCUUGUACUCUUGUUGACAAAGGAGCUUUAGAAUGGGCUUUAUACCAUGGAUUUAAGUAUACUCACAUGAAGGAUCUUUUAACAAAGAUGUCAGAAAAAAGUUUUGCAAGAAACUUACAUUUAUUAGAAAUGGCUUCUUUGCCAGUUUCUGAUUCUUCAUUAAGCAUUGAUGAAUCGGAACCAUCAUUUAAAGAUGAAUUAUUGGACACAGUUGGGGCAGUUUGUGUUGAUUCUUUUGGAAAUGUGUCAAGUGCUGUUUCAAGUGGUGGUUUGAACAUGAAACAUCCUGGGAGAUUAGGGCAAGCUUCUAUCUAUGGCUCAGGUUUUUGGGCUCAAAAUUCUUCUGAAGUUAAUAAACCGAGUGUAGCCUGUUCUGUUUCCGGGGCUGGGGAAUAUUUGGUCAAAACUAUGUUUGCUAAAGAAUGCUGUGAUAAAUUAUAUGAGAAAUAUGACUGUGUUUCUGCUCUUCAAGAUGUUUUUAAAGAAAAAUUUCUAAAUAGCCAAUAUUUGAGAAAAAUUGAUUAUAAAAUUGCUGGUGCUUUGACUCUGAAAUAUUAUAUACAAGAUAAUAUAUGUGAAAUAGAUUGGGCACAUAAUACGAGAACUAUGGUUUUAGGUUACAGCAGCACAAAAAGUAGAAAACCAAUUACUCAAGUAUCGGAGCAAUCUCGUGAUAAUGUUAGUAUCUGUGGAAGUGGAAUAAUUCUAAACGGUUGAAUUUUCUUUAUAGCAUAUUUUGACUUUAAAUGAUACAGUCCAUCCCAUGUAGUUUGAUUCUGCCUCAUCACCCCUUCCUCUCUAGUGAUGUCAUAUCCAUCACUGGAAGAGAUGGGGGAUAUAUGUAAAUAAAUAAAUAAAUAUAUAUACUUAUAAAUGUGAUGAAUGAUUGAUAAUGUUAAAAUCUUAAAACUAAUUUGGGAUACAAAUGCAAUGUCUUUUUAUAUACAAGCAGCUUUGGUACUGAAAUAAGAAAUAUGCAUUUUUUCAAUUUAUUGACAAAUGUUCACUGCAUUAUUUCCAUUUAGUUAGUUUUAUUUAAUCCAAGUUAUUUUCCAUUUUAGCUUAUAAUCAGUUAUAAAUUUCUUUUGUUUUUACUAUAGAAUAUAAUAUUUGCAAAUGACAUUAGGCUAAGUACAUUUGAUAAGUCUAAAAGCUUGACUUAUAAUAUAAUCUUUUUUAUUAUUAUUAUUUUAUUUACCUAAUGUUUUGAAUGGCAUAUUUGUUCUAAAACAAAAUUUGCCAAUUGUAAUGAGUUUACAUUUCAGAAAUUUUUAACCCUUUGUACUCAAAUGAUGCCUCUCGCUCACCAUUCAAGACAGUGCAUCAUUUUGACCUUUUAUUUAUCAAUUUUUUUGUUAAAAAUACCUACAGAAUGGUUAAAUGAUGUAGAUUCAUUUUUCGGGGAAAUUCAACUUUAAGCAAUUAUAUAUAUAUGUGUGUGUUUGUAUUUAUAUGUCUGUGUGUUUGUAUAUAUAUGUCUGUGUGUAUGUAUAUAUAUUGGAGCAAUAAACAAGCCCUUAUAUUAAGUGAAUAAUUAUGCAUCAUAAUAAAAAUUCUGGAUUUGAGAAAAUAAAAAAUUUCUAAAUUUUGGCUGCAACUAUAUGAAAGUCAAUCAUUAUAUAAUUAUUUUUCUUUUUUUUAAUUUUAUAAUUUUUUUAAUGUAACCAUUUUAGUAUUACACUUUCUCAUCCCCUAUGCCUUUAAUAUGUCCUACAGAGAGACAAGAAUUGACCCCUUAUCAAAAAAAUAUGAAAUCUCUAAAUUUUGGGCGUUGUUUGUAGAACAGCAUCACUAUAAAUGAAAAUUCUAAUAAAAAUAAUCCCGAGGGGGGGGGUAUGUAAUUUAUUGUAAUGUAUCAAAAAAUUAGCCUUUGGUAUUUCAAAUUUGCAGCAUUGAAAGAAAGAAAGCUUUAAGAAUCUGAAUUAUUCUUUAUUACCGCCAAGUAUGAUAAUAAACUGCAUUAUUAAUAUUUUUGGAGCCAGGCUGAAAAUGAAAUCUCUUUUGUAAAAAAUAUCUCGAAUCCUGAUCCUCUAAGCAGGAAUCUUUAUACACACUUAAAUGUCUAUAAAUCAUCUUAAUGCACCAUAAAGUUAUAUUAAUAAUCUCUAUCUACUGCUGAUUAAAUAUUUUAUAUCUGUACCUGCUUCUUGAAUAGCUCUAUAUUUGUUUCCUUCUAUUUCUGUUUAUUAUAAAUAAAUAUUUUAUAUCCAUUCCUGCUUUUUGAAUAUCUCUGUAUUUGUUUCCCAUGUAUUGACUGUUUUAUGUAAAAACGCUAUUAAUUUGUUCACUACACAGUGUUUGGAAAUAAAAAAAUAUUCUACA